AAGCGCCGUCCCGGGGCCGCCAUGUGGGUGAGGAGCAGUCACCGCCACGGCCACUGUCCAAACCCCUACGUCGCGGCGCGCCGCCCGCCCGCCCGCUCCCGAGCCUCGGCCGCCGGCGGCGAGUAGAGACUAGCGCGGCGGCGCCGGCCGCGGCCGCGCCCAGUGUUUGCAGAGAGCCCAUCUCUCUGGCGUGGUUGUUAACAGACUGGAAAGUCUGUGUCUGUGUCGCUCACUAGUAACCGUGAGUUUUUACCGCCUCGUCACGGCGGGCGGCCGGGGUCCCGCGCCCCGCAGACCGGCCCGCAGCCCCGCCCCGCUCCUGACCAAACAUGACAGACUGUGAACACGCAGGGCGCGGCAGAGAAGAUGGUGAACUAGAAGAUGGCGAAAUAGAUGAUGCAGGAUUCGAAGAAACACAAGAACAGGAAGCAAAAGAGGAUGAGAAGCAGAAAAAUGAGAAAGCCUACAGAAAAUCAAGAAAAAAACACAAGAAAGAAAGAGAAAAGAAAAAAUCCAAAAGGAGAAAACGUGAGAAACAUAAGCAUAAUUCUCCAUCCAGUGAUGACAGUUCAGACUACAGUCUUGACUCAGAUGUUGAACAUACAGAAAGUUUCCACAAGAAAAGAACUGGUUUCUACAGGGAUUAUGACAUUCCAUUUCCUCAGCGUGGACAUAUAUCAGGAAGCUACCUGACAUCAAGGAAGAGUCAACAUAACAAACAGUUUAAAAGCAGGGAAUAUGGUGAAUACAGUACCUACAGUGAUGACAACUUCGGUGCCUACAGUGAUGACAAUUUCGGCGCCUACAGUCAGGGGACAGAGGGAGAUUUUGCCAGUCAGCUGAAACAAUACAGACAAGCUAAAGAAACCUCCAGUACUGCUUUAGGAUCACCGUUUUCUAAAGAGCCAGGGAAGAAACCAAGAAUGAAAGGAAUUCAGCAAGGUAUCGAACAGAGGGUCAAAAGUUUUAACGUUGGUCGUGGACGAGGUUUGCCGAAGAAAAUCAAACGCAGAGACCGUGGGGGAAGAGCCAGUAAAGGGCCCAGUGUGUUUUCAGGAACAGAUGACUUUCAAGAGUAUAAUAAACCAGGGAAAAAAUGGAAGGUUAUGACUCAGGAAUUUAUCAAUCAGCACACGGUGGAACACAAAGGAAAACAAAUCUGUAAAUAUUUUCUGGAAGGGAGAUGUAUUAAGGGAGAACAAUGUAAAUUUGACCAUGAUGCAGAGUUGGAGAAGAGAAAAGAGAUCUGCAAAUUUUAUUUACAAGGAUACUGUACCAAAGGAGAGAACUGCAUUUACAUGCAUAAUGAAUUUCCAUGCAAGUUCUAUCAUAGUGGGGCAAAAUGUUACCAAGGAGACAAGUGUAAAUUUUCACAUGAUGAUCUGACUAAAGAAACAAAGAAACUUUUGGACAAAGUGUUGAAUACUGAAGAGGGACCCACAAAUGAGGAUGAAAGAGAGUUAGAAGAGCUUAGGAAGCGCGGCAUAACCCCUCUUCCCAAGCCACCUCCAGGAGUGGGGCUCCUGCCAACCCCACCAGAGCACGUCCCCUUCUCCGAUCCUGAAGAUGAUUUUCAGACAGAGCUCUCAGAUGAUUUCAAGAAAAUUCCAUCUCUUUUUGAAAUAGUUGUAAAACCUACUGUGGAUUUAGCACAUAAGAUUGGGAAGAAGCCACCAGCAUUUUACAGCAGUGCCUCACCACCAGGUCCACAAUUUCAGGAAAGCAGCCCGCAUCCUCAGCACAUCUAUAGUUCUGGGUCAAGUCCAGGUGCUGGAGCUAAUAUGUCUCAGGAGCACAGCAGUCCUGUGACGCACCCAGGCUCCCCUGGACGUCACCCGUGUGCAGGAUCCAUGCCACAGAGCCCACCUGCGCCACCUGCUCCACCUGGGGCUGUGGGUCCUCACAGUCACGCUGCAGUAUUUGUGCCUCCGGAAGCACCUUUGACAGCACCAAGUAUGAGUGGUACCUACCACUGCCCGGGCUUUGCAGAGCAUGUGAUGAAUGUUCCCAGAGAGAAUCACUGUUCUCCAGGCUCGUCACACCCACAGGGUCCUGGUGAAAUGCAGCUCAGCGCCAGUUAUGAGUCCCUACAGAACCCCGCCGAGUUUUAUGAGAAUUACUACUCACAACAUGCUGUACACAGUUUUCAGCCGCCCAGUAACUCUAGUGAUGGGAUGUGGCACGGUGAGUUUGCCCAGCAUCAGCCUCCCAUUGGUCAAGACUCACCAAACCAUGGGAGUGGGUAUGAUGACAGCAGCAACAUGACAGGCCACGGACCCCUGCCUGCACCAGGGCUCCUCCCCGCAGUGCAGAGAGCUCUUUUUGUCCGACUUACUCAGAAGUACCAAGAAGAUGAAGAACAAAGCAGCAUCCAGCCUCAGAGGGCACCAAGCAAGGAAGAAGAUGACACUGUUAACUGGUAUUCCAGUAGUGAAGAGGAAGAAGGAAGCAGUGUCAAGUCAAUCCUGAAAACACUGCAGAAACAGACAGAAACUUUAAGGAGUCAGCAGCCUUCUUCAGAAUCCAGUACCCCUGCUGACCCGAGACUUGCUAAAGAGAAGAGUAAAGGGAGCCAGGUCGUUGACCCUCGACUUAGGACUGUCCCAAGGCACGACGGUAGGAAGUCUGAGUCUGCUGCCCGGGGUCUCAGGCUGGCAUGGGACCCCAGGAGGCUGAGAGGGGAUGGGAGUGGGCAUGUUGGCCCCUCCGCUGGUGCAGCAAAGUGCGGUUUACGUCACGCAGGUGCUGGCGCUGACGUCAAACACAGGAGAGGAGAUGAGGAGGAGGAGGACAUGGAAAGAGAGCUGAGAGAAAAGGCUUCCUUGAUACCUCUGGACGCUUCCCCCAGUGUCGUGCUCCAGGAUCCAAGGUCACAGCUGAGACAGUUCAGUCACAUUAAAAUGGACAUUAUCCUUACCAAGCCCAACUUCGCAAAACACAUCGUGUGGGCUCCAGAAGACUUGCUCCCGGUCCCUUUGCCUAAGCCCGACCCCGUGUCGUCGAUCAGUUUACCUCUGCCCCCGCUUAUCGCUGACCAAAGGCUCAGUAAGUUGUGGGAUGCGAAACGCGAUCUUCACCCCAGCGCAGUGCCCGUCGAUUCAAAAUUAGCAGCCAAAGCCAAAACUAAUACAGCCAACAGAGAGGGCCACCCGGAACAGUGUGGGGACUCGCACAGUCCAAGUAAAUUAGGAGACCCUCGGCUGCAAAGAAAAUGUGAUCCCAGACUUCACAGGCUGCACAGCAGGGCGGCUCAGCAGGCGGUGGUGAAGCAGUCACACGCGUCACAGAGUGGGCCUGGGCCUCACGCAGCCUCGCAGCCCUCAGGGACAGGGAGUGGCAGCUUGGGGCCCGGGGCUGGGCCUCCGUGCACCCCUAAACAGCCCGCUUCAGCUGCCCUUCCACUGGGGCCUCCCUGUUCAGCUCUCAGUGGCACUGGUUUGUAUGACCCUAGGGAGCAGGCUGCGUCACCUGCAUCAGAGCCAGCAGCAGGGACUGCGGAGAACCACAAGACAGGAAGUAGUGACAGAAAGGAGCCUUCUCCUGGGGAGGCAGUCCUGCCACAGAAAAGCACUCCGGACACGGAAGGCACUGUCGAUGGGCCCGCUGACCCACAGGCAGAUGCCCCCGGGAGCGCCUGUGCUGGCCAGGGCCCCGCACUGCACAGUCUCCCCGUCCAGGCGCUGACAGGCUUGAUUAGACCCCAGUACAGCGACCCAAGGCAGUCACAGCAGCCGGGACAGCUGAGCCCCACCCCCGAUGAUGGCCCCAGUAGGGAAACAGAUGACAAGUCUCUGAGAGAGGUUUUUAAAACUUUUGAUCCAACUGCUUCACCAUUUUGCUAGCUAUUGUGUAAUUAGGCAGUUCUUUUCAGUCUUGUGACUAUUGCAGUCCUCUGCUGUUUUGUAACUGGUUUACCUCUAUAGUUUAUUUAUUUUUAAAUUAUAAACACUUUUCAGCUGCUAGUAUCAGAACCACAUGAAGUUAUAUCCUCUAAAGCCUGUGGCAUUUUAUAUAAUAUUUUUAUAACUUUAAAAGAGACUGUAGUAAUUGACAUAGAAACUUAUAGAUCAUGUUAGCUUUAGUAAAAGUACUUCCGUUGUAAAUAAACCGUCAUGAACUCAACUCCACCUGAAUAUCUGCCAGUUGUCUUUCAUAAUUUGGAUAAUUAAUGACCACUUUUAUAUGGUUGUAGUUUGGAGCAAUAUGUACCUUUUGGGAAACAGUAUUUUGACUGGGACCCUCUCUAUUUGUCAAUACAUACCCGAUUCAUAUGGAAUGCUAACUGCUAGCUAAAAUGUAAAAUGAAGUAAAGAAAGCAUUUUUUAAUCACAAUUAGCAGAGCAGUUCAUGUAAGGCAUCACUUUUAUUAGUGUGGGCGAUAUUAUUUGUGUAAAUGAAGCAUUUGAAUGUCAUAUCUUUUAAAAGUAUUUUACUGUAUCAUAGAAGUUGGAAAUACAUAGAUUGUUUUGCUAAAGUGAAAACUUCCCAAGUCCUCUAACAUAACUUUUUAAAUUUAAUUUUUCCUAUUAAAUAGUUGUGAGUUAACUGCUGUCACAUUGUGAUGUUUGUGUGUUGUGAUGUUUUUUGUCUUUAGCACCAUAAUUUAUAUUACUUUUUCAAAUGAUGUAGCUGCAAUAAUUGUAUUCAUCAUGAUCUUAGCAAUUCUUAACAAAAUUUGAAAAGAUCCCGUGAGAGUCUGUACCGAUUACUGCAUUGAUAAUGUUUUAAAUGUGCAGGUUCCAUAUUUUUUCUUAAAUAGGAGGAAAACACAGAGAUGGUAUAUUCAGCUGUGUGCCUAACAAUAAAGAAACUCCCAGAUCCCAUGUGACUGGUGGGCUAUGACAGGAAGGAUUUCAUGUCCUCAUAGUUUGGAAAUCUCCUAAAUUGGUUAUAAAUUGUAUUUUUAUGAAAAAUAAUAUAUAUUCAUUCUUGUGUAUUUAUUGCAGUAUAAAAUAAUAGCCCUAUUUGUUUUAUACAGUUAUUAUUUAUAACAGAAACUAAGUAUUACGGUGACAUUCAUGUCUUGAGCUGGAGCUUACGGCAGUAUUUUUGGUAACAAUUCCAGUAAUUUGAAAAGGAGCCUUUCAUCAUAAAAGAUAAUGAAAGUGCAGGAAAAAAGUCCUUGGAUGAAAACAAAUACCCUUGAGAAGUGAUGUCAAAAAUACAGAGCAGAGUGUUUCUGUGGGCACCCGACACUCAGGUGGCGUGUGGUUUAAGGUCAGUGCCAUCCUUUCCGCUCGCUUCUGCCUUUACCGUCUUGCUGUGGGCGCGGAUCCGUGGGACUGCAGUUAGGGGAACGCCUCCGCCCACCGACGUCCGUGGGGCUGGCGGGACUGGGAAGGCCUGCUAUUUCUGCUUUGGUUACAUUGUUCCCUAAAAUGGCUCUGGAUAUCAUUUUGAGAUUACAAAUGCAGUUUAAAGCCACCAUAGAAAGUAUUUUCUGAUUUGCUGUCCAAACAAAUUUUAUUGUUCAUUGAAAAGUCAAUAAAAUGGAUAAAACUGACAGAAAAAAAGAUUAUCUAUUUUUCUUUCUAUCCUUGUCAGAGAUGAAAAUAGAAUCCAAAUUCUUAACAGACUCUUUUUUUACUACUAAGAGAGAGAGUAAAAGAUUAAUUAAAAAGUAAGGAUUAAAAACCAUGAGUGUAAAAUAUGUUCAUUUACUCUGUAUUCUUGAGUCCCUAUUAUAUCAACUGGUGUCCUAGAGGCUAUUUCACAAGACAGUUUGGACUUAACUUUAAAAUUUUAACUAUAUUUUAUAUGAAAAUGUUUUAUUUAUGUUUAAAAUAAUGAUUUCUAUUUGUGAUGCUUUCUUAAUUGAGGUAACUUUAGGGGAUAUUCUUUUAUAGCCGGUCAACCUGGAUUAUUUUAAUAUUCUUUUUUUUUUCCUAUUUUCUCACCAAAAUUUAACAAGCAGCCAUUUUCCCCAAUGAAUAAGCUCCUCUUUAUAGUGAAUGGUGAUUUUAGAAUCCAUGGAAUUUGAUUUACACUAGUACACUGAAAAGUGUACUUCUCUGUUCUUCUCUGGCUUCUCUGUUCUUAGAAGCCAAAUAUUUAUAGGUAAUAGGUAUAACUUGUGUCUUAAGAGUCUGGAAGAUGUGACAGCUGUUCGUACCAGCUCACGUGGGUGUUGAACACGGUUAGAGCAGGGUGUUGACGGGAUUCCCGGGUGAUCAUAAUUUGAAUUCAGUGAUGACUUCCCAUGUCUUGCUUAGUUUUUGCUCCACACUCCUGCCUCUGGAGCUUUCCCAGUUAGGACCUCAUUCUGAACCUUGAAAAUGAACCAAAUGUUGGAGUGAUUCAAAGACCCCCUCAGCAGUUAGGUCUGCUUCUGCCAGGGAUCCCUAUGUGACCCAGCCAUGUGCGCCAAGCCCCAGAGUCAGGCUCAGCCAAAACAGCCUGAUUAGGAAAUCAUCUUUGCUCAGGUUUGUCUCUUUUAACUUGCAUAGGGCUUUCAGUUUUUCUUGCUAGUCCUACUUCUUGUAAGAAGGGAAGAAUGGUUGAUUGCUAAAGGAACCCUGUAUGCAUAUUCACAGAUGGCACUCUGCUGAAUUAAUUAGGAGAGGGAGGAGAGGCGAACAUAUUAGGGCAGGAGGUUUGAAGGCCAUGAAUUCCUAUUCUUGUUCUGAAUGGAUUUAUAGGCAUUUUAUCUCAGUGUCUAGUUCCUUCCCUGUGAAGUGGGUAUACUUGUGACUGCCCACAGAUUUGAUGUAAGGAGUGAGUGAGUUAUUAAAGUGUUUGUAAAGAUAAAAUUGCUUUGUGACUUUCACAGACAUAAUCAUUACACUCCCAAUAGGGUGCAUGAAGUUGUACAAAGUCCCAAAGAACAUGAUAUGGUUUGUGUGUUUCACCAAAUUUGUGGAGUUUCGGAUGAUACACAUUGAAGACACAGGAGAAUUGCCUGAGAAGUUGCUCCAGAGAAUGUUAACCCAUCACGUUAGCAGUGUUCUUUCACACUGUGUGUCAGGAAGACAAAGGACUUCCUUCGUGAGAGCUGUGUAGGUUGGACAUUGGUGGGGCACCCACAGUGCUGUGACCGUGCGUGCUAUGUGGUGCGUGUGCUCAGUUCGAGCGUGUCGUGUGGGCAGAGUGGCCAGCUUGUUCAGUAUGAGCCCUGGGCUCUCAGAAACAACAGCUCCUCAUGCCCAUCUCUUGGUAUAUGUUUCUGCAAGUUUUGGGGAGUGACUUGCUUCAUAAAGGUAUCAUUUUCCUUUGGUUAAUGGCAACUUGACGUUUGGAAGUGCCAGGGGCCUAGAUGUGAGGGUUUGGCAAAAUCUUUCCAUCUGCACGACACAGAGUCUUCUGGUGGAGAUGCUCCCCGAGUUCCUGCUCUGGGCUGGGGGGCUCCACCUCAAACAGGGAUCUGCAGUCAGGCCGUCCACUGACAAGGCCCCUGCAACAUUCAGUAGGUGGGCUUUCUGUCAGUUUUUAAAAUGAAGGCUUGUAAUGGUCUUUUCAAAAAUGGAUUGGAAGCAUUUGGUAAUCAAUAUGCUCAAAACAAAGUCUAGUAGCACAUAGCAGUCAUUAGCAAACUUAGUUUAAAUAAUUCUGGGUUUAGGAAAUCCAAGCUUCGACAAAAUGUGACCAAACAGGGCCUGAGUGUUUAAGGCUGUUUUCCUCCCAGAUGUGCCAUGAUGUAGCAUUUACAUUAUGCCUUUUUGUCAAGUAGCUUAAUGUGAUUUGCAGAACCAGUGUCAGCAGCUGCCGUUUGCUGUAUCACUCGGAUUUUGUUUUGAGUAUAUUACGUUAUCAGCAGUAUCUAUCAGUUGUAACAAAGCCCAGAUUUGCCUCCCUUUCUUGGGAAGGGCAGAGACCCAAGAAAGGAGGAUACAGACCUAAGGGCCUUAGAUUAACAUCAACAGAAUGUUUAGAGUUUCUAAUUUUUAAAUAAAAGUUAAUAAAGCACAUUUUAAACAGUAUUUUGUGCUUUUAAAGCAGGUCCCAUGUGUCUUCUUACUUUUCUGUUUCCCCAUAGCAACAAACCUAGCUCUAGGCACACAGUGGGUGCUUUAUUAACUGCAUCUUGAUUGCUCCCUGAAUCCAUCCAGGUUUAGAUUUCACAGGUGCUGUCAGAUGUGACAAAGCCACAGAUUGCAGUAGAAGAAAUACAGUUCAUAACUUAGACCUUUUUCUGUAGACACAGGCCCUUACCUUCUCCCCUCGCCCAUCAGCCGCGCACUGGGAAGGUACAGUGUUCCGUAGGAGUUAAACGUUUCUACAGUAAUCCGUAACUCUUAAGAAUGCUCCAGACCUACGAGGUAACUUGACUGCUUCCCUGCAGAUGUUUGGAUACAUCAGUGAUUUAUUCCGAUAGAUUUACGAAAGACUCUUUCUGUGACAAAGAACUGUAUAACCAGAGUCUUACGUUUUUAUUUUUAAAUGUAUUUCUCUAACUUCCACCUCUCAGUUCUCCUCAAGAUAUCAACUAAAAUUAUGAAGAUGUGCCUAACCUAGUGAAUUUCCAGUAGCAUUUAACUUUUUUUUCCCCCUAACACCAUGAACAGUAAUUGACUCUUCAAGUCCUGAAUUGGACUGUAAACGUGGGUCCUGUGUUUGGUCCUCACACGGCCUUCACUGCCCCUGCGGCAGAACCGUGUGGACACAGCGGACAUCUGUUUCUUCAAAUGAGACUGAGUUCUUGGUACAGUAUUUUAUAGCUCUAUUCAUCCUUGAAUCUCUCGCUUUUUUAAACUUAGAAUUUAUUUUUAAAAGUUAAUGUACAACUAAUUGUAGCAUUUUACCAAAAAAUCAGUUUUGUGAAUUAUCAGGCCCCAUACUUCUUGACUCAUUACUCUCUGUGUGUGACGUGCCAUUGAGUCGGCUGUGCCUCCUGGUGACCCCACGAAUGAGUGACGUCCACAGUGUCCUGUCCCCAGCAGCCCCUCUCAGCUCCUGGAGACUGAGCCUCUGGCUUUUUUUAUGGAGUCAGUCCAUCUCACGUUUGGCCUUUGUCUCCCCUCUGCCUCCUGUUUUCCCAGCAUUCUUGUCUUUCCCGGAGAACCCGGCCUUGUCACCAUGUGUCCGAAGUAGGACAGUUUCAUCUUGUCCCUUUGCCUCCAGUGGUGUUCCAGGCUUAGUUUGUUUGCUCUGACCCACUGGUGCAUCUUUUUGGGGGUCCAGGGGGUCCGCAGAGCUCUCCCCCA